AUGGCUAACACUGACUUGGCCUCAUCGCGGCCAUCGUCACCGGGACAGGAGCGAGCGCCGAAGCCGCAACUGAUGGCUGGCAUUUAUCCCGGCGGUGGUUCGGCCAAUUGUGGCGGUGGCAACACUGGUGGCGCCCCCAAUCCGAGCUCUCGGCCAUCGCACUCGCAGGCCACAAUGGCUCUGGAGCAGUAUCGCCUGCAACUCUACAACUAUGCGCUGAAUAUAGAGCGUCUGCGGUGUCCACAAUAUGCGAGUGCCGCCGGUUCGAUGGCGCCUUGGGUGCAUCCCUAUGGGGCCCAUGGUGCGGGGGGAAAUCGGAUGGCGACGCUCUCGACCAUCUCGCUCUUUCCCCAAUCGCAGCGCAUCUUCCAGCCCGAGGAGCCGAAGCCACAGCAUAGCUAUAUCGGCCUGAUAGCCAUGGCGAUUCUAAGCUCGACGGAUCUGAAGCUUGUGCUGUCGGACAUUUAUCAGUAUAUAUUGGAUAACUAUCCGUACUUUCGCACCCGUGGUCCGGGCUGGCGAAACUCGAUUAGGCACAAUCUCUCCCUUAACGAUUGCUUCAUUAAGUCGGGCCGAAGUGCCAAUGGAAAGGGCCACUACUGGGCAAUUCAUCCGGCGAAUAUGGACGACUUCCGCAAGGGUGAUUUCCGGCGGCGGAAAGCGCAGCGGAAAGUGCGCAAGCAUAUGGGCCUGUCCGUGGAUGAUGCCAGCACUGAUUCCCCCAGUCCUCCGCCUUUGGAUCUGACGACGCCGCCACCCACUGCGCAGGCUUCCAUGCAGCUGGCCGCUCUCAAUUAUCCGUACCAUCAUCACUACAUCGGCCAGUUCUUUGGACGCAGUGUGGCAGUUGCGUCCAGUCUACAGCCCCAAUAUGCGGCCGUGCAACGCGACCAGGUCCACCAUCAGCCAUCGGAGCAACAGCUGCCCCAACGCCUCGAGCCGGCCAUCCAACAAUCGCAGCACCAGCACAUAGCUUAUAUUAACUCGACGACAACGACCACCAUUGCGAAUCUCUACUCACAGACCCGUAAGCGACAGUUCGACGUGGCCUCCCUUCUCGCUCCCGAUGUGCAGAUUGUCGACAUUGUGGAGGACAAGGCCGCCGAGUUGACACUCUCCGAUGCACCCGCAGCCACACGCACCACCACCCAGACCCAGCAUACGGUCAUCACCAAGGUGCAGGUGCAAAAGCAGCAGACCAUUCAUCGUGAGGUGGUCGUGGAUCUUGAGGAGUCUCCGGGAGCUGAUGCCGAUGUAGACGGUGACGUGGACAUCGAUGUGGUUGAUGAUGUCGACGAAGACGUGGAUGCCGAAGAGCAGGAGCCGGAAGAGCAGCCCCUUCAGCGACAACAUCCGCGUCGGGAGCACCAUCUGAGUACACAACAGGUUAUCCAGCAGGUUUUUACUGCGGCAGACGACAAUAUUUCGUACCUAAGCGAUGCCAGACGCUCUUCAUUCGAUGCGGACAACGAGGAGCAGGAGCCCCAUCACCACCACCAUCAUCAUUUCUCUCCCUCGGCCACCUAUGCGCGCUCAUUGGGCGGCAGCAGUAGCAGCCAACAUGAUUCUAAUUCGCUGGAGGAGUGUCCCAUCGGAGCGCAUGUAGGCGCCCAAUUGACUAACUCCUCGACACCACCACCCCUUGCCAUGGCCAUGCCCAUGGCCAUACCCAAGACUCAUGUCGAGCUCAAUCACAUGGAUCCGCACAUAUUGAGUCGUUACUAUGGCACCUACAUGGCUGCCGCAGCCGCUCGUCGUGCCAACUUGGAGGCGACGCGCGCCAAGUCCAUUACACCGCCCCCGCCCAUUGAGCUGGUAUCGCAUCAGUCGUCCUCCCAUUAG